AUGCCGUUUGGCAAUUCGACAAAAUUUGCUGUGUUUUUGCAGAAAUUCAACGGGUUCACUUCUUCGACUGCACCGCCUGCAAAUCCAGUUACCGAAUCAAGUGCUUUUUCAACUCUGAAAAAGAGUUGUCUCAGAAGCACGACACCUACUAGCCCGAACUCAAUCAAUCCUCCCAAAUCGACUCAAGAAUCGUGUGGCGUUGACGAGGGACGUUCUGCAGAGACAUCUGGGACCCCCACCCCUCCCGCCAUCUUUCGCGAUGCCAACGGAUCUCUUCAUCCACUGCUCGCGUCGGUUCUGUCGAAAUUGGAAACCGCUGACAACGGAACUGCGGCCGUCAGUCCAGAUCCCCCCAAACCACAGCCGAGUGGUGCUCCUGUUCUUCCGAGCUUUGAGGAGAACCUGAAGGCGGCCAUCGCCCGUCGUCGUAAGCAGAUGAACCAGUCCCGGGAGUCCAGUGAGUCCGAAGAGGACUUCCACGCCUUCAGAGCCGUUGGAAGGAUCUUGCCGGCCGCGACAUCGCAGCAGGUGGCUAAUACAACGGGCGCACCUGGGAGUAAUGCACCGCAAGCAAGGUGGCCUGCGUUGGCAGGACGUCUGGAAAACGGUGGCACCGCUGCACCUGCAGCCAUUCGGCAUCAAUUCCCCUAUCAACAGAAAUCUUCUGUAGCUCCAAAGCCGCCCCCUCCUCCUCCUCCACCACCCCCACAAGCAAAUGGUAUUUUCCGCAAUGGCUACCAGUAA